AUGGCCAAGGUCGACCAGAAGGCUGUCCUCAUCGUCAUUGACGGAUGGGGUGUCGCGACUGAGCAGUCGCGCAAGGACGGCGAUGCCAUUCUCGCUGCCGACACACCGACCAUGGAUGAGUUCGCAAAGAGCGGCUCUAAGACGGCCCAGGGCUACACGGAGCUCGAGGCCUCGUCCCUUGCCGUCGGUCUUCCAGAAGGCCUCAUGGGCAACAGUGAGGUCGGCCACCUGAACAUUGGCGCCGGCCGCGUUGUCUGGCAAGACUCUGUUCGCAUUGGGCAGACAAUCAAGAACGACAAGCUCGCAGAGAACGAGAACGUCAAGAAAUCGUUCCAGAAUGCCAUCGACGGCAAUGGCAGGCUUCACUUGUGCGGCCUUGUCUCGGACGGCGGAGUCCACUCCCACAUCGACCACCUCGUCGCGCUUCUCAAGGUCGCUAAGCAGAUGGGCGUCCCCAAGGUCUUCAUCCACUUCUUCGGUGACGGCCGUGACACCGACCCCAAGUCCAGUGCCGGAUACAUGACGGAUCUGCUCAAGACCACCAAGGAGAUCGGUACCGGCGAGAUCGCCACCAUAGUCGGUCGCUACUUCAUCAUGGACCGCGACAAGAGGUGGGACCGUGUUGAGAUCGGUAUGAAGGGCCUGGUCACUGGCGAGGGCGAGGAGAGCAGCGACCCCGUAGCCACCAUCAAAGAGAGGUACGAGAAGGGCGAGAACGACGAGUUCUUGAAGCCCAUCAUCGUAGGUGGAAAAGAGCGCAGGAUCCAGGACAAGGACACUGUCUUCUUCUUCAACUACCGCUCCGACCGCGUUCGUGAAAUCACCCAGCUCUUGGGCGAUGUCGACCGCUCGCCCAAGGCCGACUUCCCUUACCCUGCCGACAUCCACCUCACAACCAUGACCUCGUACAACCCCAAGUACACGUUCCCCGUCGCCUUCCCCCCACAGCGAAUGGACGAUGUCCUUGCCGAGACGCUUGGAAAGCAGGGCGUGAAGCAGUGCCACGUUGCUGAGACUGAGAAGUACGCUCACGUCACCUUCUUCUUCAACGGCGGUGUGGAGAAGCAGUUCGAGAACGAGGAGCGUGAGAUGGUUCCUUCGCCCAAGGUAGCCACCUAUGACCUCCAGCCUACCAUGAGCGCCAUGGCCGUUGCCGAGAAGCUCUGCGAGAGGAUCCAGACCGGCAAGUUUGAGUUCUUGAUGAACAACUUCGCACCCCCCGAUAUGGUUGGCCACACUGGUGUUUACAAGGCAGCCAUUGAGGCUUGCACAGAGACCGACAAGGCUAUCAAGAGGGUGUACGAUCAGUGCAAGGAGAGCGGCUACGUCCUCUUCGUUACUGCUGACCACGGUAACGCCGAAGAGAUGCUUACGGAGGAGGGUACUCCUAAGACAUCUCACACACUCAACAAGGUUCCAUUCGUCAUGGCUAACGCGCCCGAGUCCUGGAGCUUGAAGAAGAGUGACGGUGUGCUCGGUGACGUCGCACCUACGAUCCUUGCCCUGAUGGGUCUCUCUCAGCCUGAGAGCAUGGACGGAUCCAGCUUGCUCGUCAAGUCGUAG